AUGCCCCAUACAACCCGCCCAAAGAAAAACCAAAAACCCUCCCAAAACAAACGCACAACCAUAACCGACGACUCCGGCUGGUCGCACGUCACCACCACCACCCGCGCACGGCGCACCUACAGAAACACAGGCCAAGAAAAGGCCACAGAAACUGAAAAGGAACAACUUAAGCCAGCAGAAGCACCCUCAAAUCUGACGCUAGAUGAUCUCCGGCAACAGUUUAAUCGGCAUUAUGAACGCUGGACGGGGUCGGAGAGUUGGGGUGUUGUGAGGGGGGUUAUUUCUUCUCUUACAUCUACAUCUACAUCCACGUCUACAUCUGCAGAUACAGAUACAGAUACGGAUAUAGAUUCUGCAAAUGCAGGAACAGUAACAGCGCAGAUAGACAAUAUAACCUGCAUCGGUCUUGGCAGUCCCAGCGGCUUCCUGCGCGGCGGCUGGGUAGACAGACGACAAGUCAGUCUCGUUCAAUUAGCGGCUCUCGUUAGCACUAAAGAGUUGUUUCACAAUGUGCGGGUAUACACCCAAGACCCCGUCUUCAACACCCUCGACAAAGCACUCUUCGGAUCCCUGGGGUUGACAGUUCUCGAACAUCCGGCCGGUUUUGAGAAGAUAUCUGAACAGUCAUUCCUUUUUUGUCCUGGUGCGGAGAAAGGACAUCUCGAAGAGAUCCUCGAGAAGAAACCCAGGGCCCUGUUCGGUGGUCCAUUGGAAGAAAUGAGUGAUAGCGACACCGUGAAAGCAUUUCUAAAUGAAAAGGUUGGAAAGAAAGUACCCGUGUUUGAGGGCGACGAAAAAGCAUUCUGGGGAAUGAGAGUUUACUUAUAG